AUGGAGAAACGUAAAGGAACGGUGUUUGUGGGCGGGAGUGUGGCAUACUAUUCGCAACAGCCAUGGAUCCAGAAUAUGACAUUGAAAGACAAUAUUUUGUUUGGUCAUCAGUUUGACCGAACCAAGUAUGAAAAAGUACUGGAUGCGUGUGCAUUGACUCGUGAUCUUGAGUCACUGUCAGCAGGAGAUCUCACUGAAAUAGGAGAACGUGGAGUGAACUUGUCAGGGGGACAACAAGCUCGAGUUGCGUUGGCUCGGGCGUGUUAUAGCAACGCCAGCGUCUUCAUUUUGGAUUCUCCGCUGUCAGCUGUAGACGCGAUCGUGCAGAACGAAAUCUUCGAGAAAUGUUUGCUCGGACUACUAAAAGAUAAAACACUCAUAUUGGUGACUCAUAACCCGGAGAUUAUCACAUCGAAGUUUAUCACACGAGCAGUAACAAUUGACGAAGCUGGUGCGAUUGUGGAGACAUACCGGGCAGACAAUGAAAUGGAUUAUGAGCCUCUUGUUUCGCCAAUAGGAAGAGAUACGUAUUCUCUUUCGUUCGAUAGCGAUGCGACUACACAAUAUAGCCCAAGUGCCGGCACCCCGUCGGGAAAUGCAGUCGAUGUGGUCGUGCUUGCGUCACCAGGCUAUUCUACUCGCAAGAAAUCACUGAGUUUUGUAAGUACGAAAGGCAGUGAGAGAGGCAGACUGGUUCAAGACGAAGCGCGGUCGGAUGGUCGAGUGUCUCAUCAUGUUUUUGAGGCCUAUUACCAUGCAGUAGGAGGCCUACCCGUUGUGUCUGCAAUUCUACUCUCUCAAAUGUUAUGGCAAGUGCUGCAGAUCAGCAGUGAUUUCUGGUUAAGUCACUGGUCGAAUGACGCUGCUACACUCGGAAAAUCUGCAGCUAGUACGAGUGCUCACACAGCGUAUCGCUUGGGCGUGUACGCCAGUCUUGGGCUACUGGCGGCGUUUAUGGUGUUCGGUAGGACCGUCCUCGUCACAAUAUACGGUAUCCGCGCUGCGAGGAACUUGUUCGACCGCAUGACGUACUCUUUGAUGCAUGCACCCAUGCGGUUCUUUGAUGCGAACCCUAUCGGCCGCGUAUUAACUCGCUAUGGUGGCGACGUAGCUGCAGUGGACGUCCAGAUCCCCUUCAUGUUCGGUACUCUAGCAGCGAAUGUGUUCUCCGUUGGUUGCAGCUUGGCUACAGCUGCAUUUUUGAUCCGUUGGAAAGGAUUUCUGUUGGUUCCAGUGAUCGCAGUGUACGUGGCAGUCGGUAGUUUUUACAUCUCGCCAGCUCGAGAGCUGCAACGCCUGUCGAAAACCACAAUAUCUCCAGUUCUCACCCACAUGUCGGAAUCUGUUGACGGUGUGUCAAUAGUUCGAGCCUUUGGACAAGUCCAGCGAUUCUACCAGACCAGCAGCGCUAAGCUUGAUGCGAACCACAAGAUCUGGUACGCACAAGUGUACGUUACGCAAUGGUUCUCCCUACGUAUCCAGCUUGUCGGCAGUUUAUUGUUACUUGUGGUCACAUCGUCGCUUGUGCUUCUUCAUCGUCAACUGAACGUUGCGAUGAUCGGCUUAGCGUUCUCGUAUUCACUGAAAAUUGCCGCUAAUCUGGAAGGAAUCAUUCGCUCAAUUACUCGCAUCGAGACUGUGAUGAUCAGUCCAGAGAGAAUGCAAGAGUACAUUGAGAUCGAGCAAGAAGCACCCUUCCGUAUCCCUAUGAUUGAUCCACCAGCACAUCUGGAGUGGCCCUCAACUGGGUCUAUAGUUUUUGAUCAGGUUUCGUUCCGAUACAAACCGGGAGGCGACUUGGUACUGCGUAACUUGAGCUUUUCCGUCACUGGAAGACAGAAGAUUGGAGUCGUUGGACGCACCGGAGCCGGCAAGUCGAGCUUGACUAUGGCUUUGUUUCGCAUCAGCGAGCUCGCGUCGGGUAAAGUGCUGAUCGAUGGUGUCGACGUAGCCACUAUUGGUCUUAAAACACUACGCGAAAAACUGUCGAUCAUCCCUCAGCGUCCGGUACUGUUCAAGGGUCCACUACGUGCAUACUUGGAUCCAUUCGACGAGCUCACAGACGAUCAAUUGUGGAGAUCCAUUCGAGAAAUUGGGCUGCAGGAGCGUAUUGCUGAAGACGAGAGGAAGCUCAUGAUGGUAGUCGAGGAGAACGGCGAGAACUUCAGUGUUGGCGAGCGACAGAUGCUGUGUAUGGCUCGAACUCUACUACGUCACUCGCAUAUCGUGAUCUUCGACGAGGCCACCGCUGCGAUUGACCAUGAGACGGACCAAAAUCUGCAACGUGUGAUACGUACUGCGUUCGCCAAGUCGACGGUGUUGACGAUUGCACACCGACUUGAUACGAUUCUAGACUCGGAUCAAAUUCUGGUUCUUCAUAAAGGUCGCUUGGUCGAAUUUGCGUCACCCACGGAGCUGGUGAGUAAAGAUCGAGGACACUUCUUUGACCUCAUGCGUGAAGGUGGAUACCUGGACAAGUCCAAGGAGCAGCAAGGAAUCACGAUGGCCACGAUGGCGAGUAUCGCGUAACGCACGCAAUUGCUAGCUCAUGUGCUCUUCUCAUUAAACAGGAUUACCGAGUAAAUGGUAAAUACAGCCUUACCAACAAGCUGCUAGACUCUCGGGCUGUGACAGGCAUCGAGCAGCGAUGAAGAAACGUGGUGUACGAUCACUCAAACGCAUCCUACUUCAGCGAUGGUGCCUCCAAUGGUAGGAGUAGGAAUUUGAGGUCGCCUUGGUUGGUAAAUCACAUAAUUUCAGUUCGACCAAAACUGACAUA